AUGGGGAUAAACGUGGACCAAUGGGGAGAGGGGGUGAAGGGGGAGGGAGGUGUUAAUGGUGUAGCGACCAGGAGGGUUAGAACAGCAUGAGAGGAGAAUGAAGAGGGGAAGAAGGAGAGAGAGACCCUCAAAAUCACUACUCCGACUAAAGCAAUCCUCAAAAACACUAAUCUCAAUACGCCUAAAUCCUCUCCAAAAACCGCUGACGAGGAACAAAAACAAAUCCAACUCGAUCUCAUAAAACAACGCCGCAACAGACACAUAGUCGAACGAGAAAUCCAAAAACUUGCCAAAUAAAGACCCUAGCCAACUUGCCCACAAAUCCUCAGUCAUCCUCAAAAGAAUCAAGACCCGAAACUUCAAACGUAACAACCAGCUUGCCAGUCUCGAUAACGACAGAAGCCGCACUCAGCCCUCUUUAGCCAAGAAGAUCAAUAACAGUUGCACGCUUGAUCAUUCUAAACUGAGUGAUCUUGAGAAGGAGAGAGGCUCUGUGGGUAAUAAUAACACAAAGGGUAUUUCACCUAGAAACCCACAUUUCGACCUUCUCCGUAGUGGCCUGAAGACGUCCCAAUUUGCCUGCAAAGAAGAAGCCAAAAUUCCCAACCUAAAAUCCAGUCUCCCCAUCCAAAAUAUAACUCAGCCUCAUAAAACCCAAGUCAAAAAUAAUUCAGAAAAAUAAAGUACUCAAUAAAAUUGUAGUAGAAGAAAAGAAAGAGCUUAAAUUGGACACUUUAGAAGACUUGAAGGACCCCAAGCCUUCUCCAAGAGACCUAGAGAAGUUGUUAGAGGAGUUAGAUGAUAAGUCUGAGUUUACGAAGAGAUCGCAGGUGCAUAAGAGAGGCAAGAGUUUUGACUGAGGGAUUGAGUUUAGUCGAAAUCAGAGCGGGAUUCAGGAUAAGACUAAGGCAACAACUCCUUAUGAGCCUCUUCCUUCAGAAGAAGGCGGUGGGCAAAAUGAAUUGAAGCCUAGAAACCAAGAGUUAGACAGCCUCCAUAAAGAACUUUUCGGAUCAAAGAAAAGUAUGGGUUGGAAUUUUUAA